AAAUAAAUUCAAUUUAGAAGUUAGUACACUCCAGUUGUCGGAAUUGACUAUACAGAGGAAAAUGGAAAUAUAUUUUCUAAUUACACUACUUAUUACUAUUGUUGCAAUUUUUAGCGUAACAGCAGUCGACUAUUGUAACUCGUCAUUGUGUCCCAAAGGUGAUACACAUAUUGCCUGCAAAAACACUGGGAAAUUUCACUCCAAAUGUUCCAAAGAUGCUGCCAAGGUACAGAUUGGCGCCAAUCUGCAACAAAUCAUUGUCAAUGCCCAUAACAAUAAACGUAAUUUUGUAGCUGGUGGUAAUAUUGGCAAAUUCAAGCCGGCUUGCCGUAUGGCCACAAUGAAAUGGGAUCCUGAACUAGCUAAGAUAGCCUCAUACAAUGUUCUGCAAUGUGAAAUGUCUCACGACAAGUGUCGCAAUACAGCAAAAUUUAAAUUUGCAGGUCAAAAUCUGGCCUGGAGAUCGUUUACGGGAACACCGAAUGUCCAGCAGUUAUUGAUAGCUUCCAUAAAUGCCUGGUAUGCGGAACAAAAAUAUACCAAAUGGUCUCAACUCCAGUCGUAUCCACCGAAUUAUAAGGGACCAGCAAUUGGCCAUUUUACUGCUCUAAUGGGUGAGCGCAACAUUGCGGUGGGCUGUGCUGCCUCCACGUAUUCAACACCGGGUGUGGGUUAUAAAACAUUUUUAGUUGCCUGCAAUUAUGCAACCACAAAUAUGCUCGGUAAACCAAUCUACACAGGUUGCUCUAAGGCAGCUGCUAGUUGUAAGGCUGGCAAAAAUCCAAAAUAUCCCAAUUUGUGUGCUCCCCAAGAAGUAUACAAUGUCAACAAAUGGUAAAUGUUUUAAAAAAUAAUUUCGAAAUUAUUGCAACAUUUUAUGUUUCAAAGC